AUGUCGUUGUCGAAAUGCAUCCGUAGCCUCCCCGCGUCGACUUCUUCGUCCCUCAACCUGACAAGAGCCGUUUCCACCUCGACUUCCUCGCCGUCGUCGUCGAGCUCGACCGAUGCUUCUUCCACUCCUUCCUCCCCCGCCCAACCCGUCCUGACCUCUCGUCAAAAGCAGGCCCAACAAUCAUGGUCCGAAAUGAUGACCAAAGUAUCCGAACGAAGGGCACGUCGAUACACGGGUCAGUACGAGAGCCCAUCCCCCUUUCCUGUCCCUCUUCCUUCCAUCCCUGACCUCCCUCUCCUCCACACUGCAGACGCCCAAAUGACCCACCUCGGAUCAACCCAAGACGCCACCUCGCAAUACCGACCGCACCAUAACCUCCCUCGUCCCCCAACCUCUCCAAGUACCACGAUCUCUCACCUCAUCGCCUCGGGUGCGCACCUAGGCCACUCGACCGCGCUCACGCACCGGGCCGCGAUCCCUUCCAUCUACGGAACCCGCACCGGGAUCUCCUACAUCGACCUACGUCAAACCCUACCCGCGCUCCGUCGAGCGGCCCAAGUCGUACGUGGCGUCGUCGAAAGGGACGGCAUCGUCGUCUUCGUCGGGAGUUUGAAGGGGACCGAAAAAACGCUUUGGACGAACGCGCAGAGGUUGGGUCCGAAUGGGUACGCGGUGACGAAAUGGUUGCCGGGUACGAUCUCGAACGCUCGAGAGGUGUUCAAACAUUCCGAAAUCCCUUUCACCGUUCCCCCCACCCCAUCCUACGGAGGCGGUCGAGAUAAACGUGAGAAAGCGCCUACGAAACCGACUCCGACGAGUUUCAAACCCGAUCUCAUGAUCCUGCUCUCCCCUACGUUGAACGAGCAUGCGUUGAGGGAAGCGACGUCGAAUGAGAUCCCGACGAUCGGGAUCAUGGAUACGGAUUUGGACCCGAGGUUGGUGACGUAUUCGAUUCCGGCGAAUGAUGAUUCCCCUAGGACGAUCGAGUUGAUCGCUGGGGUGUUGGGGAUGGCCGGUAAGGAUGGAUUGCAGAGGAAGGUCAAGAGGUAAGUACGAUCGAGGAAAUGAGCUGCUCGAAGAGAUCUGGCACUGAUAUAUCGGGGUUUUUUAAGGCAAGCGAUCGAAGCCAUGCGGUUGGCGUCGAGGAAACAAGGCAUGAUGGAAGCCCGCAAGCUCGGCAGUCAUUACUAG